AUGGCCAUCCAGACAAUGAAUGCCGUUGUAUUUCGCGGGCCAUUCAACAUUUCCGUUGAAAGAAAAGCAAAGCCUCAAAUAAAACAACAGACUGAUGCAAUUGUACGUGUCAAAUCAGCAGGAAUAUGUGGAAGCGAGCUUCACAUGUAUCGCGGCCACCAGAAAACUGGUACGGGACAUAUAAUGGGCCAUGAAUUUGUUGGAACUGUUGAGCAAGUGGGCGGCAAAGUCAUUGACUUCCAGCCUGGCGACUCCGUUGUAGCUAUAUUUUCACCAGUCUGUAUGAAAUGUUGGUAUUGUGUGAGAGGACUUACCAAUCGAUGUGUCGAAGGAACGGCUUUUGGCACCCAACAGCUGGACGGAGGCCAGGCUGAGUUCGUUCGUGUUCCUUUUGCAGAUGGCACAUUACAGCGUGUCCCUCCGGAAUUGGACGACCGACUUUUAAUUAUGAUGUGUGAUAUAUUCCCGACAGGUUACUACGGCGCCAGUCGCGCAAUCGAAGGACUUUGCAAUCAGCUUGAGUCGCCGUUGACCAGUAAAUCUAAAUUACUCUUUGAUCAGACAAUUGUGGUUCUAGGAUGUGGACCGGUGGGAAUUUGUGCAAUCGCAACGAUCCUAUCCAAAGGAGUAAGGAGGAUCUACGCUGUUGACAGCGUCGAAGAUCGCCUGAAAGAAGCAGAGCAAUUGGGUGCGACUUCCCUCAAACUUGGACAAGAUGAUAUCGAGGAAACAAUAAUGGCUGUUACAGAUGGUCGAGGGGCAGAUGCAGUUGUCGAAGUAGUCGGAAAUCAAGACGCUCUUCGUUCUGCGUUCAAUUUACUACGGCCCUGCGGGAUACUGUCUUCUGUGGGUUUCCAUCAAUCAGAGCUACCUUUCACGGGGCUUGAUUGUUACUUGAAGAACAUCACUGUGAACUUUGGUCGUGUCCCUGUACGGACUGUAUUCAAUGACGCCCUUGAGUGUCUCAAACAAAACGAAGCUAAAUUGAAAACUUACGUUUCUCAUGAGUUGGACCUGAAGGACGCUUCGGAAGGCUUUGCGAUGUUUGCACAGCACAAGGCUAGGAAGGUUAUCCUUCGAGUAUGA